AGGACUUUCCAGCAGGCUCUUCGGGGUUACUAGCAACAAUCCCAGCUUCAUUCCUCCACUGCUCCUCGGUCAGAACCUCCCAGCCGACCCGGGUCAGCACUGCUCCAGACCAGGGCCCCAGCCCGCUACACAGACCCCUGUCUCAGCCGCUCACCAUGGCAGGGCCCGGUGGUGGGAGCAGUGAUGUGCAGUGGUGCUUCUCCCAAGUCAAAGGAGCGAUAGAUGAUGAUGUUGCUGAAGCUGACAUCAUAUCGACUGUUGAAUUCAACCACACUGGGGAGCUACUUGCCACUGGGGACAAGGGGGGUCGUGUUGUCAUCUUUCAACAGGAGCCAGAGAGUAAGAAUCAGCCACAGUGCCGAGGCGAGUACAAUGUUUACAGCACCUUCCAGAGCCAUGAGCCUGAGUUUGACUACCUGAAAAGUCUUGAGAUUGAGGAAAAGAUCAACAAGAUUCGAUGGUUGCCUCAGAAGAAUGCAGCACAGUUCCUUCUGUCUACAAACGACAAAACUAUAAAGCUGUGGAAAAUUAGUGAGCGUGACAAGAGACCAGAGGGCUACAAUCUGAAGGAAGAAGAUGGGAGAUACAGAGAUCCAAAUACUGUCACAUCACUACGGGUACCAGUGUUCAGGCCCAUGGACUUGAUGGUGGAGGCCAGCCCCAGACGAGUGUUUGCAAAUGCUCACACUUAUCAUAUUAACUCCAUCUCAGUCAACAGUGAUUGUGAGACCUACCUGUCUGCAGAUGACCUGCGCAUUAACCUCUGGCAUCUGGAGAUCACUGAUCGCAGCUUUAACAUUGUUGACAUUAAACCAGCCAAUAUGGAGGAGCUGACAGAAGUGAUCACAGCAGCGGAGUUCCACCCCAACCAAUGCAACACCUUUGUCUACAGCAGCAGCAAGGGAACCAUCCGCAUGUGUGACAUGAGAGCAUCAGCACUCUGUGACAAACACGCCAAAUUGUUUGAAGAGCCAGAGGAUCCAAACAAUCGUUCAUUCUUCUCUGAAAUCAUCUCAUCCAUCUCUGAUGUAAAGUUCAGCCAUAGUGGACGCUACAUGAUGACCCGGGACUACUUAUCCGUCAAAAUUUGGGAUCUCAACAUGGAGACUCGACCAGUAGAGACAUAUCAGGUGCAUGAAUAUCUCAGGAGUAAGCUGUGUUCACUUUAUGAGAACGAUUGCAUCUUCGACAAGUUUGAGUGCUGUUGGAAUGGGAACGACAGUGUUGUGAUGACGGGUUCCUACAACAACUUCUUCAGGAUGUUCGACAGAGGUUACCGGCAGGACAUGACCCUUGAAGCAUCGCGGGAAAACAGCAAGCCGCGAUCGGUCCUGAAACCUCGCAAAGUAAGCACAGGUGGGAAGCGCAAAAAGGAUGAGAUCAGUGUAGACAGUCUGGACUUUAACAAGAAGAUCCUCCACACUGCCUGGCAUCCUCUGGACAACAUCAUCGCUGUGGCCACCACCAACAAUCUGUACAUAUUCCAGGAAAAGCUGAACUAGCGUUUGUUGAACCGCUCAGAUCCCAGUUUCUGCUUGAGCCCCAUUGCUCUGAUAUACCAAUAUAAACAAUAGCUGUCUGUUUUUAGCUAAAUCCCUAAAUCUUGAUAAGAUCUACCCUUAGUGUGUCUGACAACACCUAGUACGUCAACAAGAAGCAGUGGCAUUACCAGAGUACAUCCAACCAGGCCAUCACAUGCACAGUUUUCUAUUGCAAAUGUAAACAUGCAGGGUUUUUAGAGUCCAGACUUCGGGAUUUAGUGUCAUCGGGUUCCUCCAUUAGGAGCACUCCAUUUAACAAGCUACCAUUUGCAACUCCACUACAUCCCAAACCAAAGGGAAAAUAUGUUAAAUACACAUAUUUGGUUAGUUUCUUUCAUUAUUCUUUUGUGCCAUCGUGACAUGAUUCACUUCUACGUCAUAGCUACCAAUUGUUAAGUUUUUGUAGCUACCAUGUUUUACUAGUUUGAAUAGGAAAUUCUUUCUACUGUUUUUAUGUCUUGCUGUCACCAAGUUCCUUUUCGUACUGGCCUGAAACACUUCUAAUACAAGCUGUCGACACUCCACUCGAUUUGUCCAGUAUUUGUCAAGUUGCCAAGUUCACUCACCACUUCUUUUUUUUUUUUGCUAAUGUACAGUAUGAUUAUGCUGUUAAAGGACUAAUCUAGUGUUUUACCGUGUUUUAGCUCAUUCUCUGAGAAUGGCAUAUAACUUACAUUACUGCUAACAUUUGUCCACUAUGUACAAAUAUUUAUUAGAUCAUUUUUAACUUUAAAGCAGCCACUGCUUUACAUUAAUUUCUCUACAGAAAAAAUGCCAACUUACUUAAAAUUGACUGCACAUGAGUUCUAUUACCGUGAACUUGUUGUCGUCUUUGACUACAUCAAAAUAAUUUUUUGGUUACACAGCAGUAAGCAAGUAAACUGUAACAUUUGACACUAAAAGAGAGUUACCUAAAAUCUACUGUCUUCACCUUCUCCUCACAACAACAUCUGUGUGUCUUUAUGUUCAUCUUCUGGAUUAGGAUCUCUGUUUGUAAAUACUAUUGCUUUUAAUUAGCUAAAUGUCAAAACCGCAGCUUUCGAGUGUCCCGAACAUUUGAGCAUUCGGUUUUCAAAACAGUUCCUGUUCUCAGCUGCACCAAAACUUGACUCACUGUUCAAUAAUAUAGACGCUAAGUUGAUUUUCAUAGUGUAUUGAAAUGGCUACAUUUAGAGAAAUGAUCAGCAGUAAUGUAAAUGUAAUUUCUAGUCGUAAACGCCAGCGUAGUCCUUUAACAUGGAUAUAAGACUGGCGGGCACACACACACUUGUCAGGUAUUGUGGUUUUGGGAGUUAAAUGGUGGCUAAUCAUGCCAAAGUAACCAGUCCUAUACACUCUGAACAUGUAUUCAUUUCAAGCUGUCUUGCAGACAAGGUGCCUCUGGUCCGACUGGUCACUCUUGCACAUGUGUAGACAACCAUAUAAAGCUCAGGACAAAAGCUUAUAUACGUGGAAGGGCGUAAUGGUGUGUUCAUUCUUUUGUGGUCUGUGGCACCAAAACUGAGUGCUGCUGCCAGCUUCCCCGCAAAGCCUGUUGUGUUGCUGCAGAUUGAUCGAUCGCUUUACUCUCUGGAUCUAGUUUCUGUUUGUAGACUUUUUGUUUUAUUUUAUAUGAUGUUUUGUACUGUACCUGAUAAAAAGAAGAAUAAUCACUAUAGCUGAUUUAUUUUUGUAUAAAUUAAGGCAAUAGGAUUACAGUCUGAUCACUGUAGUUUCUUUAGCUGUCUGACUGAUUGUAGAUGGGAGGUUGCUUAAUAACCAGGUAACCUUUUUGUCACAUGGCUUUGGGACAUUUUCUUCAUCCUGGCAGGUAUUUGUUUGAAAGCUAGAGAUUUUUUUGACAUCAAGGAAGUGUGUCGUUUCUGAUGUGGGAUGUCCAAAGAAAAGUAUUUUCAGGUGUCAGUACGUCUGUAGUGAUAAGCACUAUAACUGUAUUCUUUUUUUUUUUUUUUUUUUUUUUUGUUUUUUUAUUUGGCCGACUGUAACUGUUGUUUAUGUAGAACUUUUUUUUUUGGAUGCUUCAGAGUUACAUUCUGAGUUAAUUUAGAUCUUAACGUUCUGUUUCUGUGCCAUGGUUUUGUUUAAUGAAUCAUUUUUGCUCGCUGUGAAUGAAUGGGCCCUCGUGGGUCUACAUUGGAAAGGCAUAUUUAAUCAACGUGUAUUGUUAAAACUGUUAAAUCAAGUUCUCUGCAGCUAGUCAAGGCAAUUGACUAGACGGCAGAGUGGCUGAUUUUGAAAUAUGAAACGUCUUCUCUCUCCUGUGACGCAUGUGCAGCUCUCCUAUACAGACUUGCUUAUUUAAACAGGAGAAUUUGUGAAGCACUUGCAGGUUAUUGUUUAAUAGUAGUGGUCUUAAAUGACUGUAUUGGACAAGGAGGGAAAAAAAAAACUUCAUAAACAUUAAAUUUUGCUGUUUCUUUGCAACAUCAUGAUUCAGUCCAAUGCUGCCAGUCGAACUUUUUCAGAGCAGACAUUUUGGAUCGUCAGAGCAGGAAAAGCGCAGGUGUCGAUGCUAACGGCUGCAUUCCAUUUAGGUGAGCUGCUAUCAGGGUCCUGGUUAUUGUGCAUCCUGGCUCUGUCAUUAGUGAACUUUGUUUCACCUGUUCUUUUACUUUUAUGAAACGUGAAAUGUCUGUAAUGAAGAGAGUCUUAUUCUAUUCUGGAGCAAACAGCUUGAUUAUAGCACAAUUUUUCAUUUCAUUAAAAUUAUGUUUUAAGCCAUUAAAUCAGGGCACGAAGCUUCUUGGUCCACUGGAUCAUAUUUGUAAGUGUCACUCUUACGUCAGAGAAUGGUUUUCUAAUCACUAAGAUGCCAACAACUAACCACCUAUUUAACUACUGUAGAGUGACACCCUCUCAGGGCUCUGGGUAAUGUCUUCUCGUAACAAGAUACUUUGCUAAUCUUUUUAUUUUUUUUUCCUUAAUUUUUGCAACCUUUUGAAAACAAAACAAAAACUCUUUGCUUUAUUGUCUAAUGCAAAACUGUGAAGGUGAUUCAUGUCAUUUGAGUCGUGUCAUAUAUGUGUAAACCUGUAUAAUGUGGCACCUUUGUCCCAUUCCACGGUAAAGGAUCCAAUCAGUUAGCCCCCAGUUAGCAUGAAGAGAGAUUCAUUCAAAAUGAGAUCAGUGGUCAGCCUUGUCCUAUCAUUCAUCCAAUUGAGCAUCUACUUACUCACCUUUAAAUAACUGUUAUCCUGAAUAAAAUAGUGCUGCAUUGAAACUGGCAAGUUAGCUUUAAAGAAAUAAAAAAUAAAAAAAUCUUGAGGUAUCAUUGGCUUUUGGAAAAUAUUCAUCUUUGCAGACAGCAGAGAUGGGCAUCAGACUGUAUGACCAUUGCAGCAUUACUAAAAAAAAAAAACAGUUACUGACAUUCGUGAAAAAACAACUAACCAACAAUCUUUUUCUCUUUCCCCUCAUCUCGUCUUCAUACAGUAGCUAUUGAUCAAGGCUAUAGCGUAAACCACAAAGAUGUUCCGACGAACCCUAUUGCCUUUCUUAUAGCAUUAAGAAGAAAAAAGAUAAUCAAGUAUGUUUCUUGAAGUUUCUGGCGUGCCAGACAGGAGACUGCUCAGGGGAAUUUACCGCUGCUCUGUGAUCAAAACCUUGUACCUUCAAGAAAGCAGCUUUUCAGGACUCUUAACAAAAACUGCCUUAUUUACAGGUGAAUCAUCCUUUAUAUAAAAAAUAAUAAUAACAAUUCAAGUUUCUGUAAUGGCUAACUAAGCUUGCCCUCCAUAAAGUAGAAAACAUCACAAAAUCUCAAGGAAACUGUCAAAAUUGGAGUUAUGAGGUUUUUCCACUUGCAGCAGCAUUAUAUACAUGUCUAAUGUAUCACAGGAGUUAAAAAAAUAAAAUGCACUUUUAUUUUUGUGAAUUUCAUUAAUUUGUAUGUUUUUUGGUUGUUUCUUUAAGGGGCUCUCGAGUAAAGAUUGUAAGAGUUUUGGUGAUCUGUUAGGGAAAAACUACGAAUGGUUCAUUGUACAGCUUUGUUUGUCUUUGUCAAAUGGAAUAAAGUACAGUUUAGAUGAAAAGUAAUAAAGAAUUUCAAACCUGACUUCUGAA